AUCUUUCAUACUGGGGUACAACGAUCGCGACCUCGCUAUAUUUAUCCUAUUGAUUGCAUACAUCGUAGUAGACUACUUACAGUACCAGAAUUUUAUUAUACAGUAUUUUAUCACGUUUUGCUUAUUAUUGUCCUAUAUAUACGUUUAGUAAUUAUCUUAAGUGUGUAUAUAUAUAACUAAUUAUUGAAAUUAUGAGAUAAAUACAUAAAAAAAAUGCUACAUACCAGGAAUCGAACACAGGUCGUUGGCUUUUUCGCAUUAGCGAGAAAUAUCAAUAUACAUGACUAUAGCCCACAACAUACGAGACUACGUUUAUAAUUCUAACAUAAAUACAGUUAAAUAAAUAGUUCAAGUUGAUGAUAAAAUGAGUCUCGGAAAUACAAGACGGAAGUAAAAUUCUCUACAUAGGUGUAAGCAUAUAAAUUGUAAAGGGCGAAUAAUAAAUUUAAAUGUUGAGGAAAUAGCUCUUAACUGAUUCUUCGGUCUCUAUUGCCAAUUGGACAUAAUGAUAUCAUUUCAUAAACAUAUACGGGAAAAUCACGGGUUUAUAUCACAUAUGGUAAGCGUUAAAUAGGCUCUUUGAAUAAAACGGUGUCCUUUGGAAACAGUUUAACUUAGUAAAGUGUGAACGGAUGAUGAAGCAUACACAAAACAUGAACUUUCACCGAUAUAAAAAUGAACUUCCACCGAUAUAAAAAUGAACUUUCACCGAUAUAAUAAUCGUAAUUGCGUUCAUUCCGGUUUUAACUAGGGACAAUAUGUUGAUGUUGACGAACUUGUAGCUCACUGAAGCGGGUCAGAAUCUAUUGUUCAUUUCAAAGCACACGUAAGUUCCGUGCACCAAUAACAAAAGAGGUAUUUAUCGCCUAAAGUUAAAUUGGAUUAAGUACGCAAUUCCAUGCUGGCGUAGUUCAUUUUAAUAAAGCCUUUUCCGGGUCAUCAUUGUAAGAAUUACCAUGGAUGUAUAAAUACUACGUUUUUGCGUUUUAUAUCAGACUCAGUGAAUACAACAACGAAAAAUAAUCGAUAUACAUAGUAGGCCUACACACAGGUUGUGUUGUAUUCAGAACUGAUAGGCCUACAUCCUAUUGGUCAGAAUGGCGAACAUCAAUGUUGCUUAUGCCGUUGGUGAAGAAGUGUCAACAGUUGUGAAAACUCCUAAUGGUAAUGGGGAGCCUAACGUGAACAUAAGCGAAGAAGUGCAAUGCGCUGAUCAAAAUGGAAAUGCUACUAGAACCAAUUUUGAAUCUGACCCUGUAUCCUCCGUGCUCCCACAGACUGCCAAUGGGGAAAAUGUGACGAUGGAUGGUCCGGUCAGUGAGUUAUCUCGAAAACAUAGAUUUGGAGAUCAUGUGGGAUCGACACUCUCAUUUCACGACAUCAACUAUAUUGUACCUGUUAAGGUCGAUGGAAAGAAAGAAACGAAAGUCAUAUUGAAGUCUAUAAGUGGUAUUUUCAAGCCAGGAAUGAAUGCUAUUCUUGGGCCGACGGGCAGCGGUAAAACCUCUCUCUUAGAUGUUCUAGCUGACCGAAAAGACAGACGAGGCCUAAUGGGUACCGUCCUUAUUGAUGGAAAUCAGCGACCAUCUAACUUUAGGCUCGUUUCUGGAUACGUUGUUCAGGAUGACGUUGUUAUGGGAACACUUUCAGUACGUGAAAACCUAGCGUUUUCUGCUGCUCUGCGACUUCCGAGUUCGUUAACAACCAAAGAAAGGGAAACGAGAGUUGAUGAUGUUAUAAAGGAGUUAGGACUAGAAAGAUGCUCAGACACACUGGUUGGUACGGAACUUAUUCGAGGGGUUUCUGGAGGAGAGAGAAAGAGGACGAAUGUUGGAAUGGAGCUGAUUACAGGACCCGAAGUUAUAUUCCUUGACGAGCCUACAACCGGAUUGGAUGCCAGCACCGCCCAUUCUGUUAUGGAAUUACUCUCACGACUUUCCAAAAAUGGUAAAACGGUUAUUUUCUCGAUACACCAGCCUCGCUAUUCGAUCUUUCGACUGUUUGACACACUUCAUCUUUUAUCCGUUGGUGAAACGAUUUACCACGGUCCAUCUGGAGGCGCUCUAGAAUACUUUGAGUCAGCGGGUUACCAGUGUGAAAUUCAUAAUAAUCCUCCGGACUUUUUUCUUGACGUGAUCAACGGUACCAGGCCUAUCACAUCUGAAUCGGGUAUGGUAAAUCAAAGAUGCUUACGUAAUUGUUGCGACGCAAGACGCGGCCAUGAUGUGUAUCUAGAGCAGACAGUUACUAAGUGGGGCAUAACAACAUCAGCCUUUGAACUUGCUUGCAUCGCCUUUAUUAAAGUCUUCAUCUUAUUCUAUCUUUACACCAAAGUUGAAGACUUUACAUUGCGUAUACUUAAUGAUCCGUACAACUUAUAUUUAGAAAGUCGUAAACGUCUGUGUCAUAUCUUCAUCUUUAUUGUGUCUUUCAUCUGCUUUGGGUAUGCGUCCGUCAAAGGGGGAUUAGUGUUGAACGCAAUUUUGAAUGACGCAUCGUAUACUCCGAUGCAUCCAACCUACAAUGCCCUAGUUAUCGCAUCGAUAGUCUUUGGUUUCAUUGACGUCUCAUUGAGCAUAAUUUCUCCGUACUAUCUUCGUAAAUUACAAUCAUGUCAAUUUGUGUUCAGAUACGGCGCAUUCUUCUUCAUGACUAUGAACAUGGUAUUUAGCAACAUGAGUGCUGUACACGUAUUCAUCAAAGAGAGAGUCGUUUUCAUACAUGAAUCCGCAAAUGGCUUUUAUCGCGUUUCGAGUUUCUUCUUUUCUAAAUUUUUCUUUGAUAUACUUCCAAUGCGUGUUUUCCCAACAAUUUUAUUUUCUCUCAUAACCUAUUGGAUGAUUGGUUUGAGAGCAGAGGCUGACAAGUACUUUAUUUAUUUAUUAAAUCUAAUAAUGACAACCACGGCUGCAUCUACUCUGGCGUUGUGUGUCGGUGCUCGCAUCUCCACAGUUAGCAUCGCCACUGCGUUGAUACCUAUGUGUUUCGUCUUGAUGUUGAUUUUCGGCGGAUUAUUUGUAAAUAUCACAUCACUUCCGGUCUGGCUGGAGUGGUUAAAAUACAUCAGUAUCUUUAGAUACAGUUUAAACACUUUGUCAGUAAAUGAAUUUACCGGGAUGACAUUUGUAGAAGGAAAUGAUACAUUUGAAGGGAUUAAAUACUUGGAAAACCAAGGGAUUCCGACCGGUACUUGGGGUUUGUGGCAAAACCAACUUGCAUUGUUCAUCAUGCAAAUCAUUUUCUUGACUCUCGCUUACAUACAGUUAAGAUUUAUUCCUAAAUGGAAAUAAGGACCAAAUUUGUAAACUAAUUCCUCCAUGAUGUGACUAAUGUAAAAAUGUCUUUUUGUAAUUUAAACUCUUUAAUUUUUAUUUUAUUUUUUUUUUCUAUUUUUUUUUUCUAAUUUUAUAUUUUAGUACUUGAUCUAAUGCAGUAUUUUUAUGCCUUAUUUGAUAGCAGUCAUCAAGUUUUCACUGAUUUUGUUGUUGCCCAUCUUGUACGGUUGUGCCUGUUAUAAAAGAGAAACAAUAAAGUUACUUACUCUUAAACUUUGAAGGAAAUAUAAAAAGAAUAUAACUUUACAUUAUUGUUUAUGUUCAUUGUAAAUAAUACUUACAUACUAUGUGGUGAGUUGUAAUGAUACCUUAAAUGUUGUGUGGCUAUUAUCUAAUAUAUACACUAAUACUGAGGAUGCUCAUUCUAUGCGUUAUAUGGUACACAGAAGUAGAAAAGACGCAAUUGAUUGACACCAUGACUAUAGCUUUGACGCAAAUAGCCCCAUUAGAUAAUAGUGUUGACAAAUCAAUAUUCAUAUUUUUUUACUUCACCUUGGCAGCAUAAAUAUAGAAUUUGAAAAAAUAUGAACUAAAUUAAAAACAAGACAAAGGGUUAGACAAUCAUAAUAUAAAAUGCUGUAUGAAAUAUAUUUUAACCGUAGUUAAAAUAACCUGGGCGGUCGACGUAAUUGACUUUUUCUCUAUAAAUUCUAAUUCCAUAAUUAUUUCAAUUAAAAAUGUAUUGCUUUUAAAAUCAAUCUGUGAUUUAUUUGUUUUACUGAAAUGUACGGUUUUAAUAUGCGUUUGUUUGUAAACCGUGUAAUGUUACUUUAUCAGGUUCCAAGCAUAUUUGGAUUGUGUUAUACAACAGAGACCCGGUGUACAAUUAAAAAAAAUCGUAAUUUGAUUAGGCCUACGAUUUAUUUAUUACCGUAUCGAAUAUGUGAGUGACUAAAUUUGAUAGCAAAAUAAGUCGUUUAGUCGAUAGGUAAUAUCUCGUCAAAUUGCAACUUUUCUGUGUAGAGUUGUUUUACUGAACAAAAGAAAAAGAAAAUAAUAAGUAAGAAGAUGACGUUUUCAUACAAAUAUAAUUUGUUACUAGUUACUAGUUUUGGAAACACUCUACAUAUAUAAAAUUGGAAGCUUAGGCCCUAUAUAUAUUUGUUGAGACAUUAAUUUAAGUUAUAUUGUUUCAGUUUGUUGGAUAUGUAUUUAAAAUGUUAUCAUAUAUGUAUAUGUACAUAACUGGGCCUUUGAGCUUUCUAUAUAUUAAAGCUAUAUAUUUGAAAAGAAA